GUUUUUCUUUUUAACUUUCUCGAGUCCGGUUGAUCCGUAGAGAUUAACGAUGAAUGAUAGGAUGUGCAAACAGCGUACCCAGACGUACGACUUGAAUCUCACGGGCGGUUUGAUGCCGUUGAUACAAGCGCUCAUAAAACCACCUGAAUCGACUGACUCGCCGGGCCGGGCACACCUAAGACGAUCGAACCACCCGUACUACCGUAAGCCAGGCCGAGGUCAUAAUAACGACACGUGUGACUCGUGCAAGGAGGGUGGCGAUCUGCUGUGCUGCGAUCGAUGCCCGUCCAGCUUCCAUCUCGGGUGUCACGAUCCGCCACUGUCGGAGCAGGAAAUACCGAACGGGCAGUGGGUUUGCCAUACGUGCAAGUGUAAAGCAAUCGACGAUCCGCUGGGAACAAGCGCAAAGCUCAGGUUUCGCGAUCGAAGCCUGUCGCACAAGAGCUUCAACUCCAGCUCCUCCGGUAGCAAAACGUCGAACGAUGGAGAUCAGCAUGGGAAUGGGGAAAAUGAUGUGGCCGUUACAUACAGUGCACCGUCGACACCACCGCCUCCGGACAGUUCGGCCCCGCAGAGGGUCGUUCCCAUUGCUCCGCUGCACCCCACGUUUCCGGCGGCCGCGAUGGAAGAGGACUUUAAAUCGAACACCCCGCUGGAUCACCUGAUACGGGCGGCCAAAAUUUUGAACCCCAAACAGUUCGAACUGCCGCCCGAUAUGGAGGUGAACUUUGCCUUCCCCGGCAUGGACAAGGCCGACUACGGGAAGUUUGGUAAGCGGGCGAAGCUGCGCAAAAUGCACGAACUGGACAGCCAGGGCCUGGUGCCGCUGCCGGCUAGAACGUGCCACUUUUGUGGAACAUCCUGCCGGAAGGCCCCACUUGUCGCGUGUGACUAUUGCGAUCUACUGUUUCACCAGGACUGUCUCGAUCCGCCACUCACCGCAAUGCCCACAUCUUUGUGGAUGUGCCCGAACCACGUGGAACAGUAUAUUGACUGGAAACUGGUAAACUCUGUAUCGGCGACGGAACGCGUUCGGCUGUGGAAUCAGUUCAACGGCGAGGUCGAUCAUGAGCUGGUGAAAACGGAGUUCUUACGCAAGGUCCACCGAAAAAACCCUCCUUUUCGCUUCCGGCAAAAGAUAAAGCAGCGACCGAAGGUGAUCAUCCCGCCCGCGAUCGAGCAUAUGUAUCAAAAUCCUCCCCCCUUGCUGCCGUCACUCAAAACGUUUCUGCGUUCGCGGCGGGUGAACCCGUCGGUACAUUUUGAGGACGCUCGGGUGCGGUGCGAUGACAAAGAUUUGCUGCAAAUGGUGGACCAGGAACUCAAGGCGAUCGAUGAAGCGGACUCGAAGUUGGGCUUCGAGAAAGCGAACAGCGAUGACAACAGUAGCGACGUUGAAAAUGACGUCGGGGUGAAUGCAACGGAACGUAAAAGUCCACAGACCGUUGCAGGGAACAAUGAAGGGGAGCGAUGUGGGAUUAAUAAACUAAACACAAAUGAGGAACCGGGCCAGGAAUUGGCAACUGGGAGGGCAGCGGUUCAUGACGUGCCUGACGGUGCUGAAACCGCCAAGCAGUCGGAGCUUACCGAUAAGCAUCAGCAAUCAGUCGACGAUGCGGACGAUGGAAAAGGUGAGUUUCUGGUAAACGAGCCCAACCUAUCGGACCCAAUGGUCUUUGGGUUGGAUGCACGUCUGCUGCGUCUCUUAGCAGUACAGCGCUUGAAACAGAUCAUCGCCGACCAUCCGGAGUGUUUGCGGAAAGGUUCGCCGACUGGAAACGAACCGAGCGAAACAAUCGAACAGUUGUGCCAGAAGGAUGAUGUGAAGAAGAUACCGCUUCCGAGCGAACUGCUUACGAAGGACGAUAUCGAAAGGAUAGCGCGCGAGUUCGCCAAUACGAAUGGUGCGGUUACCAGUGCCAGGAAGGAAAGCGAACCAAUGGACAUCGAUAGCAAUAAAUUGAACGCAACAGCCGAGCAGGGGACGGCGACGGUUUCGUCCGAACUACAAUCCCAGCAACCCGUGGGUGCCUCCGGUGGUCCCGUUGGGUUAAGUGAUUUAAUGGCCCGCAUCGGAAAGCGAGCGCAACAUCGGCAGAUCCGCGUGCGGGCAGCCCUAUCCUGGAUCGAUCUGGAAGAGGAUGGUUAUUUUUCGUUUGAAAAAGUAGACGCCAACGAAGCGUUCUGUAUGUCGUACCGCUCGUUCACGAUCGGUUCCGGGCCGGGUAACGAUGUGACGCUGGCUAAGUACGGUGAAUGUUGCUGCACGUCCAGUCGGCAUGCGAUCAUAUUUUACGAUGAGGUUACACAACUGUUCGAGUUGAUCAACUAUUCGGAGUUUGGGACGGAGGUAAAUGGGCACCUGUAUGGGUGUGAUUUCACUCAUCAGCUUUCGGAGCGACCUGCGGAACAUUCGUCCACCAGCGGUGGAUGGCGUAAGCGCAUGCGUAGGGAUGAUGCGACGCCACAUGAGUCAGGCGGCGCUUGGACUGUUGCGUCGAGCACGAAGAACGACCAACUGAAGCAAGACGUACGGAGCAUACUGGACAAAUCGCGCAAAAGGCUCGCUCAGGGUCGGGCUGAGGAAUUUUACAGCACCGCUGUCAUGGCCGAUGUGCCGUUACCUUCCUGUCAAUGUGCGCCCGAUCGGCGCAUCCCUACGAUGGCGACGGGUUGGGAGGGCAGCGCCAUCCUGUAUCACGGUUCGCUGAUCCGCUUCGGUUGCCACGGUUUUGUCUUUACGAUCAUCGACUACGACGACGGCGAGGACGAGUUCGAUGAUUCGUACCGGGACAGCGAUAGUGACGAGUGACGGCCAACUAAACAAUGAUCAACGCGAUGUGGACCUCAAUGUUCUACACUCUUUUCAUUGAAAUAAACUUCAGGUAUACGCGUAACUGUUUGCGUAACAU